AUGUUGUUACCACAGUUUCGGACGCGGUCGGUCCAGAGGCCGUCCCAGUUUGGUGGAUCGGCCUGCAGCGUGCAGCUGACGGAGGAGAGGCCCUGUUACCCCUCCACUGAGUGCAAGCUACCCCCCGUCGACUGCAGAGAAGACUUCAAGUGCGAUAAUGGACGCUGCAUAAACUCCACGUUAACGUGCAACAGGCAGAACGACUGUGGAGAUAACUCGGAUGAGAGGGACUGUGGCGACCUCAAAAUUGUGUGUCCAGCGGAGAAGAGAGUGGCCCCCGGCGCUGACCUGGUGGGGAAUGGGUUUGAUGCUCUGGCAGAAGAGCGCAGGGCAGCGGUACUGGACAACAUGUUUAUGGGAGGAAGUUGCAUCAUCAAGAGACCUCCGACCACAUUGCUUUACCACCGCGUCCCUCAUAACUUUGAAAGUUUUGAAAUUAAGGUUGGACAGCUGGAGGACUUCAGCAUUGCGCCCGAGCCGCUGCACACCGAGUCUGUCCAUAAGACAUCAUCAGACUCCUCUACUCCCAACCAACAAAGUCGAAACAACUUUUUCUUCCCCAUCUUUUACUUCAGUGGAAGAUCUAUGUCCCAUAGCAGCUCUAACAAGGAAGCUUUUGAAGCUUCAAAGACAACGGACUCCAAGUUUUACAGAGUGCACCAGGUUCUUCCUGUAUCCACGUUUAAGGUGAGGGACCCGGGGGACCUCGUCCUGUCCCUGCCUUUCCUCCAGUUCCUCCACGCUCUUCCUCUGGACUACAGUUACGCUCUCUACAGGGACAUCUUCCAGCGUUUCGGCACACACUACUACAGCUCAGGGAAACUGGGAGGCCAAUAUGACCUGUUGUACCAGUACAGCCGAGAGGAGAUCACCACUUCAGGUGAAACAGAAGAGCACAUCAAAAGCUGUCUGGGCCGAGAGUCCACCUGGACCAUCAUCCUCUACUCAGAACACAGCAGUGUAACCCGGUGCUCCGACGACAGGAUGACGGAGAAAUAUCAAGGUUCGUACAUUAAGGCAGCAGAGAAGUCUUUCUCCAUGGCGAAAGGAGGUCGAGCUGGAGAGGCCGCGGCUCUGGCCUGGGAGAGGGAGCGCCCCGCCCCGGACUCAACGGUCUUUAAGAACUGGGCAAAGUCUGUUCUGGACAACCCUGCUGUGGUUGAAUACAAAGUGCUUCCCAUCAUAGAUCUGGUUCGGGGGAUCCCUUGUGCCGCCACGAAGAGGAGAAACCUGAGGAAGGCCCUGUUGCAGUACAUGGACGAGUUUGAUACCUGCAAGUGCUCUCCGUGCCCCAACAACGGCAGGGCGGUUCUCUCCGGGACAGAGUGCAAGUGUGUUUGCCAAACCGGCACUUUUGGCACAAACUGUGAAAAACGAGCUCCGGACAUUACUUCAGAGGUGGUGGAUGGUUACUGGAGCUGCUGGGGGCCGUGGAGUCGUUGUGGAGCGAUGAUGAAAAGACAUCGGACGAGACGGUGCGAUAACCCCGCCCCCCUCAGAGGAGGCCAACCCUGCAAGGGCCCUGACAAACACGAGGACCCGUGUCACAUCUCCAUCUUUGAAAAACAGGUCACGUGUGACAAUGAUGACGACUUCACUAUAGGCUGGAAGGACACGCUGCCACCUGGUGUGGAGGGCUGUCUGAGGCCAAAGAGGCCCACCAACAGCUUCCUCAGGAAAGCGAAACAGUAUUAUGACUUUGGUGAGGAUGAGGAGUUCCAGUGCUUCACUGGCUUUGAACUGGAGGGCUUUCAGUUCAUCAACUGUCUUCCUGAUGGCACGUGGCAACAACCAAAAGGAAGAUGCAUCAGGAAACUGUGCCUUCCUCCUGAGACCCCUGAAGGCAUGACGCUGUUCCCCACCAAAGAGCAGUACAGAGUGGGGGAAUCAGUGGGACUGAACUGUGACGAGUCGAGCCUGAGACCGAUGCCAUCGGGCUUUUACAAAUGCAGCGACAGCCUCAUCUGGGAGCCUCCCCUACCUGCUGACCUACGCUGCUCAGAUGGUACAGUAGAUUACUCUUUUAGAUAUCCCAGAGUCAUGCAAAUGUAGAAACAAAACUUCCUG